UACUAGUUUAUUAAUGAACCUUUCAAAAGCUCAAGUGUGCCAUUCUCAUUAAACCUUUCAAGAUUCAAAGAAAGUAUUAACUGUUUAUGCAUAUAUUGAGUUUCUUCUUUGUACAAAGAAAGAAGUUAACAACCUUCGUAUAGAUGAGUCCAAGGAACAUAGUUUUCGUUGUGUGCUGGUGGAAGGUAGUACACGCAAGCUGUCCAAGCACCAUAAACAAACACUCAAACUUGGCCUCUGUUGGCAAAGGUCUGUCCGUGGGCGUUUCUCUGGAUUCUCCUGAUUCAAUUUUGGAACGAAUUCAUAUUGGAGAUACUAGCAAUGGUAUCCAAGGAGGAGAAAGAAGCUUCAUGGUUUACCAAUCCAAUUUGUUUGAUGAGGUCUCGAGUCCAGUUAGAAGAGAAGUAGCUAACAGAUCUUUUUCUGGGAAGGUUCUAAAUAGAAUUGACAAUGAUGUGGAAAAUGGAAAGUUGGAGAUCAAAGAGAAGUCUAUAUGCAAUAAUAUGCUCAUCACUGUACAUAACAAGGCGCUGCUAUCAGGAAUUGCAUACUGUAUUUCUUCUUGUAGCAUGAUAUUAGUUAAUAAAUAUGUCCUUUCUAGCUAUAACUUUAAGGCGGGCAUAUCCUUGAUGCUCUAUCAGAAUUUUGUCGCGGUGGUGGUGGUUUCUAUAUUAAGCUUCUUUGGUGUAGUUUCUACAGAACCACUCACGUUGCGGCUAAUCAAAGUCUGGUUGCCUGUUAAUGUUAUAUUUGUUGGAAUGCUUAUCACAAGUAUGCUCAGUCUGAAGUACCUAAAUGUUGCUAUGGUCACUGUGCUGAAGAAUGUUACUAAUGUGAUAACUGCUGUUGGUGAAAUGUAUAUAUUCAACAGACACCAUGUUACCAGAGUGUGGACUGCUCUUCUUCUAAUGAUUGUUUCAGCAGUUUCCGGUGGAAUUACAGACCUUUCUUUUAAUGCCACUGGUUAUACCUGGCAGAUUAUCAAUUGUUUCUUGACAGCAUCAUAUUCUUUGACUCUUCGAAGAAUCAUGGACACUGCUAAGCAAGUGACAAAAUCAGGGAACCUGGAUGAAUUCUCAAUGGUUCUGCUAAAUAAUACCCUUUCACUGCCUUUAGGCAUUCUCCUUGUAUUAUUGUUCAAUGAGGUCGAUUAUCUUUCCAGGACACCACUAUUACAAUUGCCAGCAUUCUGGAUGGUAACAACAUUAAGUGGAUUUUUGGGCUUAGCUAUUAGUUUCACAUCUAUGUGGUUUCUUCAUAAAACAAGUGCAACUACAUAUAGCCUUGUGGGAUCACUAAAUAAGAUACCCCUCUCUGUUGCUGGUAUUCUCUUUUUCAAAGUCCCAACUAGUCUUGAGAACAUUGCCAGUAUAUUUUUUGGCCUCUUGGCUGGAGUAUUUUUCGCCCGCACAAAGAUGCAGGAGAAAUCUCAAUCCUGAAACAAGAACACACUCCGUGUAAUCUCAGAUGUGAGGUCUGCAGAGGGUGGCGUGUACACAGCCUUACCUCUACCUUGAGAAGGUAGAGAGGAUGAGAAAUCUCAAUCCUAAAUUGUUGAAAACCUUUUCUUUUCCACUUCAUAGAUUAGAAUUUGAGUUGAAUUGUAAGCAUGUUGUGUAGUUAUAACGACGUGAUUCACUACACGUUGAACACUAGUAUAUUGAAAUGCAGUGUAACUUUAUCAGCAUAGAAAGAAGUGUUGAAAUGCAAUGUGCUUGAGACGGUUAUUAUUA